AAUAAGCUCCCGCAGUCGCAUAAGGUGGACUGACUAGAUGGGAUGGAGGCUUCCGCGCAAUGGACGGGAGGCUCCAGCUCGCUCCUGCCCCCCAGCGCAGCACGCACCCGCCUCCAGCAGGUCCGUCGACGCUGGCCGGGGGAAUCAACCCGUCCAGGAUCCAUUCUCCUUCUGUUCUCCAUGCUGCAUGUGUGCUGGCCCCGCCGGCCGGCCGGAUUUUCGGCGAGUCGCUCCUAUGCCGCGACCCCCCAUGGCCUGCUAUAGCCCGCCCUGGGCACCAGCACGGGCGCCGCGCCUCUUAGUAGGUACGCUCGCGGAGGUCCAGGGCCACUGAGCGACCGAUGGCGGCGCAACUCACGCUCACCACCUGGGCAGCGCAUGCCCGCCCGUGUGGGGUCGCCCCCGGCCGCCCGUCCUCCCAGCACAGGCGCUCUCGGCGCGCACACCUAAGGUAGCGAAACACGCUGAGGUGAGUGCUAGUAGUAGUAGUGCAGGUAGCGCUCUCCCGACUCUGUCCGUCAUCAGUCAUUCAUUUGCUCCAACCCUCCCCCUCCCCUCCCCAUUCCUGGCCGGACAUUUCUCGCUCGCGAACAGAACAACCCAACUGCCCACGCAGCCAGCGCUUUCUGCGUUCGACAAUGCACGCCAGCACCGCGACGCCCACGGCCACCUCACGGCCUAUCGUCGCCAUGGAUCCUACCACGACAGAGCACGACUUCCGCUUCCCCCGCCGGCCGGAUCGCCGCGCCGCCGCUGCCGCCAACGACCAGAGUUCCCGUCCCGGCGCAGUCGACCAGAGCAAGCGCGACCUCAUCCAGCGCACCUACGCCUCCGCCAACGACAACCUGCUGGGGACCCCUUUGUUUCCGACGCUCCAGAGCGACUCGCCUCAGAGCGUCGACGAGAUGCAGGACGACGACCCGCUGGCCACGCAGGUCUGGAAGUUCUUCAAGUCGACCAAGCAGCAGCUUCCUAACCAGCAGCGAAUGGAGAACCUGACCUGGCGCAUGAUGGCACUCAGCAUGCGCAAGAAGAAGCAGCUCGAGGAGGAGGAACAAAUGAAGAAGCAGCAGCAGCAGCAGAACAGUGUUCUCCGACAGGCGACACAGAAUGCCCCGAGUGGCAUUGCCCAGCAGCUGCGAAAGACGUCAGAGAACAACUUCAACGGCGCAGAGCCUAUGAAUGUCGACGACUUCAUCUUCUCGGAUAGAGCCGCCGCAUCCACAGGCUUUAUGUCACCACCGCCGGCCCCCGGCUUUAAGUUGGCUGACGACCAGGCGUCUGGUGCCUCGGCGAUUCCCAUCAAGUCCCGCAGGGAUUCGACGGGGCAGUUCGUCCCGCAGUCGGUUCCUCAUCACCAGCGGUCGCGGAACGAUGAGUUCAACUAUGUGACUCGCCAUCAUCGUAAAACGAGCAUUGACGAGCGUCGGGUGAGUCCGAAUCCUUGUCGGCCAGCGGCUGCCAGUGCAUGCCCCCGGAGCGGCUUUUUUUUUGUGCCUGCACUGUUCAAUACCACCCCUCCAUUCGGUUGCUGCUAUCUCCCCUCUAUAUACUAUACGCGAGUCUCCGCAACGGCUUUUGUCACGGCAUCCAAAAUGACACCAUCGGCCCCGGCGCACUCGGUGACGUAUCACAUGCUGAGCUUUUGCAGAACCGGAAACGCCCCGCCAAUUUCUCUCCUCAUGUCUCUGCCGUCAACAGCAGCGCAGCUGGCGGCGCUCCCAACCUCGAUGCGGAUGCAGACCUUCACGGUUACUCGUUGGACAAUAGCGGCGCGACCACCAUGCAUCAGCAAAUGCCUGGAGCCAACGGCGCUGUGCCGUUGAACCUCGACACGUUCAUGGACGACCCCAUCAUGACCUCUGCCGCCCAUUUUCAGCAGAAUUUCUCUUCCUUUUCUCCUUCGUCUUCUCCGAUGAUACCCAAUGGCCCGUUCUCGGCCAUGUACAACAAUUCCUCUGUUCAGUCCUCAUCGCUCAAUACCACCGAGCUUUACUCUCCCUCGGGCUCGGCGUAUCAGUCGACUGUCUCAACCCCGAUACCAAUGUCGGACAACGAUGGCUUCUAUUUCGGCUCUUCAGACGUGCGACAGCAGCGAUCGCAAGGGUUUCGUCAGCCUCCCCCCCAGACCUUGGGUCCAGCCCAACAGCAGUUCAUGUACAGCGGCGCAAAUGGCGGUCACAACAUGUUCGCGGCCACUGGAGCCGGAUCCGAACCGGUGUCGGCAUUCAGCACGGCCCCCAGCUCCUUCGGCCACAUUGACCCGACGCAGGUUUUCCAGCCGGACAGUCAGGGUGCGUCCCCCAACGUUCCAAUGCGGCACGACAACAUGUUUUCUUUUGGCGGAGAGUCCGACGACGAGGAUUCCAACAAUUUCGGCGACCGCAGCACAGCCAUGCACAGCGACUUCUCCCCGACUGUUGACGAGAGCGGCGGCUCACUUGGUUGGGACGCCUCCCUCCCUGGGCAAUUCAGCACACAGGCCGCUCGCUUCCCCGGUGGGCCUCCUCGCAAGCAAGUCGUCAUCGGUGGUACCACCACCGAUUACGUCGAGAGUAGCGGAGACUGGGAGGGCAGUGGCCUGGCGCGCUCCCAGUCACAGUCUUUCAGGCACGGAAACGACGUGCCCCAGCAGAGGAUCCCUCGCAACGCAUCCACUCCCUCGCACCUGGCCACAAAACACAGCGGCUUCGAGCAGAUCGCACAGUCAUUGCCUACGUCCCCCGGCGGCGACGUUCCCGGCACCAUGUCCGGGUUCUCCUCCGCCGCACCAAGUCGGCCGUCUUCACCACCCGGCUCUAAGCGCGGUUCUUCGACUAACCUCCAGGCCGCCGGCCCCCAGAACGAUGGAAACGGGCCUACUACGUGUACCAACUGCUUCACCCAAACUACCCCGCUGUGGCGUCGCAACCCCGAGGGCCAGCCUCUUUGCAACGCCUGCGGUUUGUUCCUGAAGUUGCACGGCGUGGUGCGACCCCUCAGCUUGAAGACGGACGUUAUCAAAAAGAGAAACCGGGGUUCGGGGGGUAACAGCUCCAUCGGAUCAGGCUCAAGAUCCAGGAAAAAUGCGAAUGCGAAUAGCUCGGCGGCAGCCUCUCGCAAGAGUUCAACUCUUUCCAUGUCAACUACUGCUGCCGCUGCCAAAACUACCAGCCACCACAGCACUGCUUCGCCCCCAGCCAAUCGGUCCGUGGCUGCAAAGGACAUUGACAGUCCUGGCAGUGGCGGCGUAGCCUCCGGGCACAACACAGCGGGCAGCACGCCCACGAGCCACUUCGGGAACAUCGGUUCCUCUGUAGGUACUACUGGGGUGAAGGGUGCUGUUCCGAUCGCGGCCGCUCCCCCCAAGGCAACUCCCGGGCCGGGCGCCUCUUCGGCAUCUCGAUCCGCCGCGACGUCGUCGAAACGCCAGCGUCGGCAUAGCAAGAGCGUAGGCUCCGAGGCUUCUAGCGGCAUGGACCUCGACGCCCCAGGCGAGGUGGCGAGCCCGAAUGAUGUAGCCCGUUCCCUGGGUCACUCCUCUGCCAUGGGCUCCAUCUCGAGCACGAUGAUGUCCGGCUCAUACGGCAUGAGCCCUCGCGCGCCGAUAGCCCCUGGCGGCAUGAUGCCUAUGGGAUCGCAGCCGCCCAACGCUGGGAACCCUACCGGGGCCCAGGAAUGGGAGUGGCUCACGAUGAGUCUCUAAGACUCCUGGCGUUACGAAGGCCUAGCAUGAGCUACUCUACAUUGGGAGAGGCUCUCGACUGCGUGCUUUUUGACUUGCGAAGCGAAACCGAAAUAAGGCGUUGGGCUCACUUUUUUCGUGCUUGUGUUUUUCUCCUCACUGGGCUUGGAGAUCUGCUCUCUCUCUCUCUCUCUUUACCACGUACAGGUGCUUUACUCCGCGGCUGCCUGGUUGGUGCGUGUUUUGGUACAUUCACUUUCGUACCGCUCCUGGGAAAGCGCGCUCCCACUGUAUCAGCAGCGGGGUCUCACGACGAUGGGUGUCUUGUUCUUGAUCUCGGGGUUAUUGACUGAUGAAGGGCGAUUGAUGACGGAAGGGGUGAUGAGCGGGCGGCGCACGUACAAUUUAUAUUAUAGAGAUUCGACGGACGACGGAUGACAGACAGCGAUGGGAUCGGAAUAAGGAAGAGCUUUUCAAUGAGGUUUUGGCUGGCUUGAUUUUUGCUUGUUUUGCCCUUGCUCUACGGCGACGGAGGAGGUGUUGAGAAGAGGCGUUUUCCUGCUGCUUCGGUUUGCCUUGGCUUGGCUAGCUUGCGUCUUGGGGUUUCUUGAUUCGGAUCUCUGGAACAACUUGCCGAGUUCGACCCGUAUCUUUUUGCUGGGUGAUGCCUCUAGCAACGAAGCGGUUGGCUAGGGUUGUGUGGUCUGCCUGUUCUGUUCUGGUCCUCGAGCUACGAUUCGGGAUAUGCUGUGCACACAUAUAUACAUAUCCACAGAUACGCACAAGCAAGAAACACGCGGUUCAUGAACAUGA